CUCCUGUAAACAGUGCUAAAUACCCCUAAAACCAGUCAGAAAUCCAGCUACAUGUCACUAUCACCUCAGCUCAAGCGACAGAAAAUGUCCCAGGGGAAAAAGUUCGGCGAUGGAGAUCCAUUUAAUUACCAGGAGCUGAACAUCAUCGGCACAGGUGCUUAUGGAACUGUCUACAGAGCCCGAGAUGUGAUCACCGGUAAUAUAGUGGCGCUGAAGAAGGUCAGGAUCUCGCUGAAUGAGAAUGGAGUUCCCAUGUCCACGCUGCGGGAAAUUUCGCUACUUAAACAGCUGAAUGCCAGCAAUCAUGCAAAUAUCGUCAAACUGUUCGAAGUAUGCCAGUUUCUAGAGCGCGAUGGGCAACUUUUGAUACUUUUGGUUUUCGAGCACCUGGAGCAGGAUCUUUCGGAUCUGAUCGACAGACUACCCAAAUCGGGAAUGUCGCCGGCUACAAUUCAGCGCCUUUCACGGGAACUACUAACUGGUGUGGACUUUCUGCACUCACAUCGUAUUAUCCAUCGGGAUCUGAAGCCCCAGAAUCUGCUGGUCUCCUCGCAGGGUCACCUGAAGAUAGCCGAUUUUGGCCUGGCCAAGACCUACGGAUCGGAAAUGAAGCUCACCUCGGUGGUGGUGACCCUGUGGUACCGGGCCCCCGAAGUUCUGCUUGCCCAGCCCUAUAAUAGCACCGUGGACAUCUGGAGUGCUGCCUGCAUUAUCUUCGAGAUGUUCAACCGCAGGGCUCUGUUCCCGGGAACCUCUGAAAAGAACCAGCUGGACCGCAUCUUCGAACUUACUGGUCGACCCACUGAGCAGCAAUGGCCGCAGACUAUUUCAGUGGCCCUGGAACAUUUUCCCCAGCGGCAUCCAAAGAGACCAAAAGACUUUUGCCCACUUCUGUGCGAAUACGCCGAUGAUCUAUUGAAUCAAAUGUUAUCCUACGACCUCCAUCUGCGACCUUCCGCCUUGGCUUGCCUGGAGCACGAGUACUUCCAGCAGGAGCCACUAUAGCCCUAAAACAUUUCCCAGAAAGAUAAUGGAAGUGGACUAAUCAUUACGGCCUCGCUUCGUUCUUGUUACAAUGUUCCUUUAAGUGUAGUGAAGCAUUUUGUUUAUUUUUUUCGCGACAGUCCAGUUAUUGUGUCCGGAUCCGGAUUCGGAAUAAAGAUUAAAGAAUACCUUAAUAUGUUUGUAGUCGUAAGCUAAGUGUAAAAACACCCAUUGUCGCGUCGUAUAAAUAUUACUGCCGAUCAACUGAUAACCGCUAAAUGUGAAACGAUUCUCGAGGGCGCUACAGAGCCCUCCAAAUCGAAAUGUGAUACACAAAGUUCAGGAAUGCAUUAUACAAUUUCAAAAUUUUGUACAACAACAUUUAUAUAUGCAAUUAUAUAUACAGAAUACAACAACA